AUGAAAACGAGACAUUAUUCGCUCCUUAUUUUCUUGGCAGGUUCUGCAUUUUUUCCUGAAAUUUCGGCUCAACUUGCAAAUUGCCAAAACCUUGGUACUCCAAUAAAUUCAACAGACUGUUUGUGCCCGGGUUUUGUCGAUGGAAGACUUUGUGAAAAUAUCAAAUGCCAACGCUGGGCAGUUCCUGACAAAAACCGAUGUGCAUGUGCACCUGGAUGGUACGAUAGGUAUUGUGGACUGCGUGGAUGUCGGCCACCAAAUGAGGAGCAAAUGGAUCUUGAGAAGCGAUCAUUCAUAAUUGUAUUCAAUACAAAAACCACAAUGAAGAUGCAAUUGGACUCUUUGAAAAACAAUUUCAAGGAGAUGAUCUCAAAAGUUUCAAAGAACUCUAAAGGUGUUGUAAAUAACUGGAUUGAAAACUAUAUUGUCUACGGAUUUGUUGAAUCUCAGUCUCACACAAAAAUUCAAAAGUUGUUCACUGAAAACCCAGAUGACGUCAUCAGCUUCUUCAACAAUAUGACUCUCUUCGAUGGAGAUGACACACAACCCGUACUUACUGCCAUCCAGAAUGCACAACAGACGUAUCCGAAAAUGCAAGCACAUGCAUUGGUUCUUGUAUUUACGGAUAGUCCAGCAUCAGAUGCAACGGCAUGGUCACAUAGAUUCACAGAUAAAAAUGCCGAACAGAGUGUACUCCAAAUCUCGCUUAUAUGGAGAUCUAAAUACUCAUUCUUCCUGUCCCUACCUGCUCGAACAAACUUCUUAUCAAAUGGCGUUGAUGUCUAUCGAAGGCUUUCACUCACAAAUCACGGAGACACAUUUUUCAUCAAGGACUCAAAUGAUCUAUCCAAUGCUCUUCUGAAUGUUAUUGGAGUUCAGUAUUUCCCAGAGAACGUGCAAAUUGGAUAUGGAAAAACUACAGAUGAACAACUGCAGACAUAUGUUGAUAAUGAUGGUGAUCUGGUGUACAUAUUGCUCACAAUUCGUUCAUCUUUGCAGACAACAGUUCCAUCAAUUUCGGAGGCUACAAUAGUUGCAGAAGGAGAUUCUUAUAGGCUCUACUCCCCGGCCAGCAACAUUGGGGAUACUGUAACAAUUCAUUGCCAAAAUGGAACAACAUACAACUACCGAAUGUUCAUCCAAUCGAAAAAUACGCUUCUUUUCAAUUACAAUGACGAUAUGCAUAUUGAUGUGGGAAAUGGAAUGGCAGUUAUCGGCAACUGCACACAUUUUACUACAACGGGUAGAAUCAGCAAAGGACCACACCAGGAUACUGCAUUGAAAGCGAUCACAAUGCUCACGAUCUUUCUGGAAACGCUAAUGAACUUACUACCAAUGUUUCCAAAAAUAAUACGGAUACAUGUAGUAAAAAGAAUCUAGAUUCUAUCAAUGAUCCGAGACUCCAAGAGCCAAGACAGUUCAUUUUUAUUUUGGAGCAACACUCUGGAAACGAGCAAGUCUAUAAAACGCUUGCAAGGGAAAUAAAUGAUAUUCUCGAACUGGUUAAUUCUAGCACAACUUCUGAAUAUAAAAAAGAGUUCACUUUAAUUGCUCAUGACUCUGCAGAAUCCCAUGUUCUAUUCAGUUCUUAUAAUCCAAAAAUCUUCGCAGAAAAAUUCUCAAAGCUGGUAAAUUCCUUGGAAUUGACUGAUAAUCUGGAUAACACUAUGGGAUUGUUAUCGAUCAUACACGCUCAGAAAAUGAAUAUUCUGCCAACGGCUCUAGUGUAUUACUUUACAAAUCAAGCAGUAAAGAAUGCACAAAAUUUGACAAGAAACUGGGAUCUUGUGAAAAGAGAUAUUGAGAUAAACUUUCUUACUAUUGCUGAUGGAGUGACGACUGAAAUUUUCGCACUGCCAAAGCAAUUGGAGCUGGUUCAAAAAAUGACAAACGGGCGACUCAUUCCACUCGGAAAAACCGAGAACUCUAUAUUUCCAAUUUUCAAGGACAUGAUGACAGUCACCACUUUGACAACUGAUAAUGAGCAAUAUAACUGCCAUGACACGGCUCUAGAAAUCGAUGGAUAUUUUGAGGAUGGUGCUGAUUUUUCAGUAGUUCAAGUGCUUCGGUCUCGAUUUCUAAUUAUGUAACCUACAAAAACCCUAACUUUAUGUCAAUUAGAAUUGAUUCUAAAUUAUUUGCAAGUGGAAAAUGGAAACUCUCUGCAUUAUCUACAACUGGCGGAUGUCAAAUUACAGUUAGACAAAAGACUUCAGUGGGUUUGGUUCUGGGAUUUACGGCAGCUACCAAUGAUGACAAUGCUUCAACUCAAAUUAUUUCACAAAGAAGCUCCUCUGAUUCGCAGCCAAUCUUCACCACACUGAAAACUACCAAUCACAUUGUGCCCACCGAUUUGGAAAUUCAAAUUGUGAACAGACAGAGAUACGAUCAACCAGUAAGCUAUGUGAAAUUGGGAAAUGCUCAACGAGAUACCAACUCAUGUUCUUACGAUUUCAUCUCAGAUAGUGUAGUGGUACCAAAAAGUACCCUGACAAUGUGGAUAGUCUCGGCUACCGACAAUGCGGGAAAACUUAUUCUCCACCGAAUCUUUUACUACUACUUGCCACGUAUUCUUUCGGAAUUUGCAGUUGUCCUCCAGGGUUUUAUGGAGAUUUUUGUGAAAUUAUGCUCGUGCUCCCCACCAACACUACUACAGUGUCUCCAAUACAGACCACUACAAAGUCAGCACAAAUAAGC